AUUGUUAUUAUUACUCGUUUCCCCCGGCAGUGGAAGCUAACAGGCUAACUGAAGUUUAGCGCUAGCCUCAGCUACUUUUUGUUCCCCUCGUCAUGCCGGCGAUGCUGGAGAGGAACCCGGAGGCUCCGGGGAAGAGGAGAGGCCGAGCCCCGACCGGCGGCGGGCCCGGGGCAGCGGCGAGCACCGGCGGGAAGAGCCUGUCCGGUAAUGGAAGCAGCGCCAACAACUGCUGGGAAGAAGGAAGUUCGGGCUUCAGCAGCGACGAGGAGCAUGGUGGAGGAGGGAUGCGGGUCGGACCGCAGUACCAGGCCGUGGUUCCGGACUUUGACCCGGAUGUGGCCCAGGCGGCUCAUCUCAGAGACAACCUGGGAAUGUUGAUUUGGAUCCCCAGCAGCUGCCUGAACAACAACCAGGUGGACGAAUACAUCAACAUCGCCAAGGAGAAGCACGGCUACAACAUGGAGCAGGCUCUGGGGAUGCUCUUCUGGCACAAACACAACAUCGAGAAAUCUCUGGCCGACCUGCCGAACUUCACGCCGUUUCCUGGCGAGUGGACGGUGGAGGACCGGGUCUUGUUCGAACAGGCCUUCAGCUUCCAUGGGAAGAGCUUCCAUCGCAUCCAGCAGAUGCUGCCGGAUAAAUCCAUGGCCAGCCUGGUUCGGUUCUACUACUCCUGGAAGAAAACUCGCAGUAAAAUGAGUCUGAUCGACAGACAGACCCGGAAACCCAAGCAGGAGAAGGGCGACAGCAGUGACGACGAAGCCGAGCCCGGUACCAGAAAACCUCCCAGUGACUCGGAGGUUUACUCAAAUAAAGACAAGAAGGAGCCGAGUUCCGAGUCCGAGAGGUCCGAGGUGAAACCGGCUUCUGCUUUUAAGACCGGUGGUAAAGUGUCUCAGCGGAUGAAGAAACGUCCUCCCAGAGGGAUGUUUCUGAACCAGCAGGACGUGGCGUCCUUGGCGUCUUCGUCGGCUCAGGGAGUCAUCCGACAGCUCGACUGUCAGCUGGUGUCCAUCAAGAAGCAGAAUCAGACGAUCAAACAAACCAACAGCACUCUGAAGGAGCAGCUCAGCUCUGGAGUCGAGGAGUUUAAGCUAGCUGAGAUGAACCAGAAGUUCAACAAUCGCUGGACUACAGAGGAGCAGCUGCUCGCUGUCCAAGGCAUCAGGAAGUACGGGCGAGACUUCCAGGCCAUCUCGGACGUGAUCGGGAACAAGUCUGUGGUCCAGGUGAAGAACUUUCUGGUGAACUACAGGCGGAGGUUCAACCUGGACGAGGUCCUUCAGGAGUGGGAGGCAGAACAGGAAAUGGAAGGAGGAGGAGAUGGAGGAGUAAAGGAGGAGGACGGAGAGAAAGACAUGGAGGUGUGUUUUGCUGAGGAUGAAGGAGCUGCUUCUGAGCAGAAAGUGAAGGACCUAAAUGUUCCGGUGCAUUCUGAAAAGCCUCCGGCCAACUGA